UUUAUAUGAUCAUCCACACACAACACCAAAAUGGCCAUAACUUCAUUUUGCCACAAACCAUAACCAACAUGGCUAACAAAAACAAAACCAUAGAAAAAAUUUCAAUUACUACCCUUUAUUUCAUUAUCCCACCACCUUUUAGUAGUUCUUCUUUUCCCUCAUAAUAAUAACCAAGAGCAACAGCAAAAACAAGAACAAGAUCAUGAGCAACAACAACACAACUAGUGAUUCUUCUUCAGGAUUCCUUGGAUCCAAUGACAUAAGUGGAUUUGGCUAUGGCAUUGGAAUCUCAAUUGGGAUUCUUCUACUCAUCACAACAAUCACACUCACCUCAUACUUUUGCACAAGAACACAAGUUCCAAAUAGUAACAACAGUAGGAGUAGGAGUAAUCCUACUCCAGGUUCAAGGAGGAGCACCCAAGUAUUCCUCGAACCACAACACACCGUGGUCGAUGUGGGACUAGAUGAAGCAACAAUUCUUGGGUACCCAAAGAUGCUUUACUCAGAAUCAAAGAAACUCAACAAGAAAUCUGAUGAUUCAACAUCAACAUGUUGUUCAAUUUGUCUUGGAGAUUAUAAGGGAAGUGAUAUGCUUAGAGUGUUACCAGAUUGUGAACAUGUUUUUCAUCUAAAGUGCAUAGAUCCAUGGUUGAGAUUGCAUCCAACUUGUCCUCUUUGCAGAACAUCACCAAUUCCAACACCACUUUCUACUCCUCUUGCUGAGGUUGUUCCAUUAGCAACCAGGAGAGAUUGAUUCAUAUCAUAGGUAGUUUUUUUUUUAAUUUAUUUUUUUUUUCUCAUCAUUGUCAGAUUUGGCAUACUAAUCACUAAAGAAGCAUUUAUC